UCCAAGGCAUUCCUUGCUCACAAUGUAUAGAACAAAAGUCAGUUUGAAAGACCGUCAGCAACUUUAUAAACUGAUAAUUAGUCAGCUGCUAUAUGAUGGAUACAUAAAUAUUGCCAAUGGCUUGAUAAAUGAGAUAAAACCACAAUCAGUCUGUGCACCAUCUGAACAACUGCUGCACCUAAUUAAGUUAGGAAUGGAGAAUGAUGACAGUGCUGUUCAGUAUGCAAUUGGACGGUCAGAUACAGUGGCUCCAGGCACAGGAAUUGACUUGGAAUUUGAUGCAGAUGUACAGACCAUGUCUCCCGAGGCUUCUGAAUAUGAGACUUGUUAUGUCACAUCUCACAAAGGGCCGUGUCGUGUAGCUACGUAUAGCAGAGACGGACAGUUAAUAGCUACAGGAUCUGCUGAUGCCUCAAUAAAAAUUCUUGAUACAGAGAGAAUGUUGGCCAAAAGUGCUAUGCCUAUUGAGGUCAUGAUGAAUGAAACAGCACAGCAAAACAUGGAAAAUCAUCCUGUUAUUCGGACUCUGUACGAUCAUGUGGAUGAAGUUACGUGUUUAGCUUUUCAUCCAACAGAACAGAUCCUAGCAUCUGGUUCAAGGGACUAUACACUUAAAUUGUUUGAUUAUUCAAAACCUUCUGCCAAAAGAGCCUUCAAAUACAUACAGGAGGCAGAGAUGUUGCGCUCAAUUUCUUUUCACCCUUCGGGAGAUUUCAUACUUGUUGGUACCCAGCACCCUACUUUACGACUGUAUGAUAUCAAUACUUUCCAGUGUUUUGUGUCUUGCAAUCCUCAAGAUCAGCACACUGAUGCUAUAUGUUCAGUAAAUUACAACGCAAGUGCAAACAUGUAUGUGACGGGAAGUAAGGAUGGAUGCAUCAAACUGUGGGAUGGUGUUUCAAAUCGCUGCAUCACUACUUUUGAGAAGGCACAUGAUGGAGCUGAAGUCUGUUCUGCUAUUUUUUCCAAAAACUCAAAGUAUAUCUUGUCAAGUGGAAAAGACUCUGUAGCUAAACUAUGGGAGAUAUCCACUGGUCGAACACUGGUCAAAUACACAGGAGCUGGUUUGAGUGGACGACAAGUACACAGGACCCAAGCUGUCUUCAACCACACAGAAGAUUAUGUGCUGCUUCCAGAUGAAAGGACCAUAAGCCUCUGCUGCUGGGACUCAAGGACUGCUGAACGGAGAAAUCUUCUUUCUCUGGGGCACAACAGCAUUGUCCGUUGCAUUGUGCAUUCUCCUACCAAUCCUGGCUUCAUGACCUGCAGUGAUGACUACAGGGCUAGAUUUUGGUACAGAAGGUCAACAACAGACUAAGGACUGCUUUAUAAAACAGUGAUGCUCCAGAUUCCUUCUAUCAUCUUGUAUUGAUUGUACUGCCGACAGAUGCCUACAUGAGAGCCGUGCUGUGUCUGGUCUUUCAUUCUGUCAGGUGUGGCAGAAACAAUAUCAAAAUACUGAGACUAAGUUUUGCCCCAUACUAAUUUUUUUUAUUAGUGUGUGUGGCAUCAGUUUUUGUCAGUCAUCUCCAAUUGUUCUCAAGGGGGGGUGGGCAGAGAAUAAAGUGAUCCUUGCAGGAAGGAUUAAACUUGUUCUCCUGUCUAAAUCCCGCAAAACAAUAAUGUGACUGUAUCUUGCUCAAACUGGGCAGUGUGAGCCAGUUUUGCUCUGUGUUGUAUCUGUGCAAUCCCACUGAAGUCUGUUUAAAGAAUGGAUUACACAAAUAACAGCAGAACUUGGCACAUACUUUAAUGAAGCCUUAAGCUGCCUUUAGUUCUG